CAGCGACGCAUGCGCAUCGUGCUCUGGACCUGGCGGCCGUGGCGCGGGUGGCGGCUGCUGUGGUGGCUGUGGGGACUGAGGCGGUGUAGUACCUUCUUCAGCUAGGGUUGUCCCAGGCUUCGGCUCAUGGCAUCGAGUGGCAUCCUUCAUAAGAUCAUUAACUGAAGACAAAAUAAGUAGCUAUGCAAAAUUCUCACAUGGAUGAAUACAGAAAUUCUAGUAAUGGCAGCACAGGCAACAGUUCAGAGGUAGUGGUAGAACAUCCUGCUGAUUUCAGUACUGAGAUUAUGAAUGUUACAGAAAUGGAACAGUCACCCGAUGACUCUCCCAAUGUGAAUGCAGCUACAGAAGAAAGUGAAAUGGCAAGUGCUGUGGACCUUCCAGUGACACUGACAGAAACAGAAGCAAAUUUCCCUCCAGAAUAUGAAAAAUUUUGGAAAACUGUAGAAAAUAAUCCUCAGGAUUUUACAGGCUGGGUGUAUUUGCUUCAGUAUGUAGAACAGGAGAAUCACUUGAUGGCUGCCAGGAAGGCAUUUGACAAAUUUUUCAUACACUAUCCGUAUUGCUAUGGUUACUGGAAAAAGUAUGCAGACCUUGAAAAGCGGCACGACAACAUUAAACAAUCAGAUGAGGUGCGUUAAACCUCUACAGUUUGUCAAGCUUUGCAGUGCAAGCCUCUGUAUUACACUGCAGCUUAACAAGUAGGGCAGGGCUUUUCUCUCACUUACAUUUAUUUCUCAUUUUCCAAACAAUAUAGUUGGUUUGCUAGUCACAUUUGCUACGUCUUAUUGCAUUUUUGGUCAGACGCUGUCAUUGAUGCUCUAAUGGGUCUGUGCCCUAUGGUCUGUAACCCAAAGCCUGCCCACACAACCCGGUCAGAAUGCAGGGACUGCUGCGCUUUGAAGAUCAAGACUCUGCACGUGGGGAUCAGAACAUUGCCAUGUUCUAUCCAACCUCCACCCAAAUGGUUUAUCGGCGGGGGCUUCAGGCAAUACCUCUUAGUGUUGACCUCUGGAUACAUUAUAUAAACUUCUUAAAAGAAACAUUGGACCCUGGUGAUCCUGAGACAAACAAUACAAUAAGAGGAACUUUUGAGCAUGCUGUUCUAGCUGCAGGAACAGAUUUCCGUUCUGACAGACUGUGGGAAAUGUAUAUAAACUGGGAAAAUGAGCAGGGAAACCUGAGAGAAGUUACAGCUAUAUAUGAUCGUAUUCUUGGUAUCCCAACACAGCUAUAUAGUCAUCAUUUUCAGAGAUUUAAAGAACAUGUACAGAAUAACUUGCCUAGAGAUCUUUUAACUGGUGAACAGUUUAUUCAGUUUCGAAGGGAAUUAGCUUCUGUAAAUGGACAUAGUGGUGAUGAUGGUCCUCCUGGUGAUGAUCUACCAUCAGGAAUUGAAGACAUAACUGAUCCUGCAAAGCUAAUUACAGAAAUAGAAAACAUGAGACAUAGAAUCAUUGAGAUUCAUCAAGAAAUGUUUAAUUAUAAUGAGCAUGAAGUUAGUAAAAGGUGGACAUUUGAAGAAGGUAUUAAAAGACCUUACUUUCAUGUGAAACCUUUGGAAAAGGCACAACUGAAAAACUGGAAAGAAUACUUAGAAUUUGAAAUUGAAAAUGGGACACAUGAACGAGUUGUGGUUCUCUUUGAAAGAUGUGUCAUAUCAUGUGCCCUUUAUGAGGAGUUUUGGAUUAAGUAUGCCAAGUACAUGGAAAACCAUAGCAUUGAAGGAGUGAGGCAUGUCUUCAGCAGAGCUUGUACUAUACAUCUCCCAAAGAAACCCAUGGUGCAUAUGCUUUGGGCAGCUUUUGAGGAACAGCAGGGUAAUAUUAAUGAAGCCAGGAAUAUCUUGAGAACAUUUGAAGAAUGUGUUUUAGGAUUGGCAAUGGUUCGUUUACGAAGAGUAAGUUUAGAACGACGGCAUGGAAAUCUGGAAGAAGCUGAACAUUUGCUUCAGGAUGCCAUUAAGAAUGCCAAAUCAAAUAAUGAAUCUUCAUUUUAUGCUGUCAAACUAGCCCGGCAUUUAUUCAAAAUACAGAAAAACCUUCCAAAAUCAAGAAAGGUACUUUUGGAAGCAAUUGAAAGAGACAAAGAGAACACAAAGUUAUACCUCAAUUUACUUGAAAUGGAAUACAGUGGUGACCUCAAACAAAAUGAAGAAAAUAUCCUAAGUUGUUUUGACAAAGCUGUACAUGGUUCAUUACCUAUUAAAAUGAGAAUCACAUUUUCUCAGAGAAAAGUGGAAUUUCUUGAAGAUUUUGGUUCCGAUGUCAAUAAGCUUCUGAAUGCUUAUGAUGAACAUCAGACACUCUUAAAAGAACAGGAUUCUUUAAAAAGGAAAGCCGAAAAUGGAUCAGAAGAACCAGAGGAAAAGAAAGCACAUACAGAAGAUACAACUUCAUCAUCUACACAGAUGAUUGAUGGUGAUUUACAGGCAAAUCAAGCUGUAUAUAAUUAUAGUGCCUGGUAUCAAUACAAUUAUCAGAAUCCUUGGAAUUAUGGACAGUAUUAUCCUCCCCCUCCAACCUGAUGGGAAUAUAAAUUUCAAAUGGAGUGUGUGAAAAAUAUGAAAUUAUUAUUUUUUUUAAUGAGGGAUGUAAACAGUAUAAACUUGUUGUAUUUGAUAACUUGUCUUCCUUGUUUCGGUGUAACACGAUUUGUUUAGUAAUAGGGGAAAAAUGUCAAUUAGUAGCUUACCACAGAUACUAUUUCCUACCAUUUAUAAAAUUUACUUUUUAUUGAAGAACUAUUUUUUGAUUUUUGCAUUAAGUGGUCUAGAAUUCUUUUGCAAUGCAUUUGCAACAGAAUUUUGUAGCCUUAAGGGGUAGGAAGAAAAGCCUGACUGCAAAUCAUGUCAGUGUAGUACAAAAUUCUGAAAACACAUAAGGGCUGGUUAUUAAGGAUUUACCUCCUUUAAAAAAAAAAAAAAGGAUUUUUAACCUUUGCUGACAGGUUUUGUCUGUUUCAGUUAUACUUGUGAACUGUGAUCUAACUGCAGAAAGGAUACAUUAUUAAAAUUCUAUGCCUUGGAAUAGAUUAUAAAUGAGAAAAUGGAAUGUUUGCAUCCCUUUUAAAAAAAAAAUCAUAUCAAAAGUAUGUUGUUUCAGGAGACUUUGUAUUUAGAAUAUUCAUGUAAAACUUGUGAACAAGCUUUCAUUUUGAUCAAACUGAUCAUCUUCAUUUUUGUAAUAAAACUGAAGACUCAUCCAGUAA